GACGUUGCGACAGUUGCUACCGUGCCCUGAAGUACCUUUGGGACCCUGACCUAGCGUAUUUUUCAACUGUCGCCCUAGCAUCGUCAGGACCGGUGGACAUAGUCCCAGCGGGCGUAGAUCAGACAAGUUAUUAUUGCAUUUAUCCUAAACAGGUAACACAUAGCGUAUACAGGAAAUGCUGCGCGGCAGCUGCGUUGGCACUCUCGGCCGGCACCGGCCGAAUGCCGAGCAGCGAGGAGCUGCGCUCUGCGCGCCUAGCCCAUGUAGCUUAGUGCGGCACUGUCAAUGUAUUACUCCUUUCGGGCCAGCGUCUCAGCAAGCGCAACAGCGGUCGGUCUUUCGCCUGGGUAACGAAGCCAAGCGGAUACAAGUACAAGCUGCUGCGAAUGCUAGCCUUCAGCCUGAUGAGGGGUCGAAAAAGAGCGGCAACCCGCUACCGUGGAUUAUUACGGGCCUUGGGGUUCUCGCCAUCGGCGCCUACAUGAUGUCGGCGCCAGGCCAGGCGCUGAAGGAAAUCCUGGUCAAUGGCCCGCUGGGCAAAUCCGGAUUUCUAGCAGCCUUUUCCUUAAUCCUUCUAUCAGAAAUUGGCGAUAAAACGUUCUUUAUCGCUGCGCUGCUCGCAAUGAAGAUUGGGAAAUGGAUGUCCUUCUUCGGCAGCGUCAGCGCUCUAGCAGUCAUGACCGUCAUCUCCGUUAGCAUCGGCGCUGUCUUUUCACGCGUUCCAGAUGCGCUUAAGAGCUCCAUCCCUGUGGGCGAGCUAGCGGGCAUUGCUCUCCUCGUCUUCUUCGGCAUUAAGACGCUCCGGGACGGCUUGAUGGCUCCCAAGGACGGCGCCGCCUCCGACGCCAAGGGCGAUGAGCUCGCUGACGCGGAGAGUGCCGUACAGAGCGUUGGAUCCGGCGUCAGCGGCUCAAAGUCGGGUCAGCGGGGCGCCGGUAGCGGUUCCCCGCUGGCUGUGUUCCUGGAGGUGGCCACCCUGAUCUUCCUGGCGGAGUGGGGGGACAGAUCCAUGCUUGCCACCAUCGCACUGGGCGCCGCUCAGAGCCCGGUGGGGGUGGCGGUGGGGGCCAUCGGGGGGCACGCGGUGGCCACCGGCAUCGCGGUGGUGGGCGGCGCGCUGGCCUCCUCGCGCGUGUCGGAGCGCACCGUCAACAUCAUCAGCGGGGCGCUGUUCCUGCUGUUCGCGGGGGCAACGGCGUUCCAGAUGCUGUGAGCGGGGGGAGGAGGAGGUAAACGGAGCCGCGGAGGUGCUGCGAAAGGAGGGUAGCGUAGGAAAGGAGGGGAGGGGAGCGUGAAGAGGGAGGAGACGAAAAGAAGGAAAACCGUGCGGGAGGGAAGGGGGGUGAGUGAGACGAUGUGCGAGGCAGGCGGGAGGCGCGGUGGGGCUGCUGUUCGGGCUGUUGGGCCGAGGUGUUGUGGACUGUAGGAGAAGCGUGUUUGUCGUUGAUGGCUGCGGCUAACGAGACAGGCCGCGACUGCGGCUGCGAAACAGAAGGUAGGCAAGGAACUCGGGUGGGAAGGUGCCCAGAGAGGUGUGGCCGGUGCUCAGUGACCCAUGGGUCGCCAGGGCCCUGCGAGGCCGCCUGGAGCUGCCUGGAGGUGACAGCCUCGUCUUCAGCAUGACAGCACGACGGGGUGAGUGGCGCAAGGAAGAUGAGGUUCAUGGCAUGGGAGAAACAGCCGUAUGCGGGUAUGCUGGUGUGUGACUCGCUGGGAGGAAGGAGGCUCCAGGAAAGCUGCAUGCAUGGGAAGGGUGAAGGAGGGCUACGUCUGCAUAAAGGAAGUGUACUGCAUAAGCGGGGGUUUUGCUUAGGUACGCGAGACAUGAAGAGCGCGCGGUGUGAUGAGACUGACGACGGCUUUGAGAAGAAAACAAGAGAACGAAGCGACGCAUGUUCAGUGCAGUUGGUGGAUGGCAAGGAGCUCCACGUCUGGUGGUGCGAGGAGUGCAAAGGAUUCUUCGAGACGAGAGAAAAGAGGGUGGGUGCAGUGUUGGGUACAAUUUCGACGUUUCAGUGGGCCACUUCGUAAGCUCGUACGUUCACGUACUUUGGAGUGCGAGUAGGAUUGUAAGCGUGCUGGUGUGUGUGGGUACACGUCUGUUGUGGUGCUGUCUGCUUUAUGAAUCCCGCGUGGCGUCAUUGUCAUUUACUGGAGAGGGGCUGUGACACUUGCAACGCCUAUCAGCUGCAGCUGCUUAUUAUAUGUACAACGUUCUGCGUCGUAUAACUGUACUAGUAAAUAAGAGAUUCCUCGUGUUCUGUGUAUAGAAGUGACCAGACCUAAAGCCGGGAGGUGACUUACACCAAUCCAGAUACGAGCAUUGCGGGCAUCUGUAACACAU